UGAAAAAAAAUAGCUCCUCCCAAUCCCUUCCCACUGCCAAGCUCGAAACCGCCGCCGAUACUCCCGACGGUAGCCCUGCUCCGACGAAGCCGUCCAUGGAGGCGGCGGCGGAACCCCACGCCUCCGACUCUUCCGCCUCCCCUAUCGGCGCCGACGCCCCCGCCUCCAACCCGGGUGCCGCCGCCGGCGCGAGGAAGCGGAAGGCUCCGGCAGCCACGGCGAGGAAGCCUCGGAAGCGGCAGGCUCAAGAACCCAUUCAGAUCCCUGCAUACUACGGACACAGAGAAGAGUUUUACUGCGUGAAAGGCGAUGAUUUAGUUGAUUGUUCAUACAUUUCUCCUAGAGUAAAAGAUUGUGCACACGUAAUCGGCCAACUGCCGCUGCAGCCGCAGUCGAUGUCAUUGGUGGAUCUACAGCUCUGGAUCUUCAAGCUGUUCUGGCUCCAUCCAGAAACACAAGAUCUCGCUAUUAAGGGGUUCAUCAAACAACGCAAAACUGACUUGUUCGACGAAUUCGAGCCUGACUGGUAUAUGGAGUACUGCCCGUGGGACACACACUAUUUUCAAACUGACAAGUGCUGGAGUGCCUUUGCCAAUAAAUUAAAGCGGAAAAGGAAUGUGACGCAAAAGUUCAUGUUGUAUGCAGAAUGCUCUGAGAUCAAGCACUAUGGUAUUUUGCUCAAAGCCAUACAUGAUGAUUACUCUCAGUUGACAAGGGUUGUGUUGCCUGGGACGAAAUGCCUGACAACUUCUAACUUCCGCUUCCUCCGCCUAGUGGAAGACCUGUCAAUGACACCUAAGGAAAUUAUAGCUUAUCUUGCUGAACACUAUGACGAGCAGAUGAGUCCCCCUGAAGCGUGGAGGGCAAGACAGAAGGCUCUGGAGCAGGAGUUUGGUACAUUUUAUGAUUCACACAACUUUGCCCCAAGGUUACUUAAGGACAUAACAUGUAAAACCCCUUGGGGUUUUGUAGACAUCAAGGAUGCAGAGGUUGCAGGAUGUAGCAACUUUCGAGUCCUCCACCGUAUAUUUUGGGCUUUUGGGCAGUGUGUGCAGGCUUUCAAUCAUUGUCGCCCUGUGCUAUGCAUUAAAGGCACACCACUAUGCGGGAAAUAUCAAGAGGUGCUGUUGACUGCUGUAGCAUUAGAUGCUAAUGGUUACUCCAUUCCAGUAGCAUGUGCCGUCGUUGAGGGGGAGACCAAGGAAAGCUGGAUGUGGUUUCUUGGGAAUUUGGAGCAAGCAGUGAGGCAUCCAUCGGAUGUUUGCAUUAUACAUGACUACAAAAGAGAGUUGAUCGAUGCUAUAGAGGACUUUCUAAGUUCCGAUCAACGACAAUGGCAGAAAGUAGAAAGCCGGUGGUGCAUGGAACACCUUGCCAAAGACUUCUUUGCAUAUUUUGGUGACAAGAAUCUGGUGUUGAUGUUCAAGAAACUUUGUCAGCAGAGGCGACUAAAUAAGUUUGUUAAAAUCUGGAAGGAGCUCGAUGAGCUGACAACAAAAUAUACAGUAGAGAGAGAAGGUGGUACUAGUGGGGAAAUGCAGCAAGAGUUAGUCCAGCAUGAUGAGGCAGACCUGGUGGCACAAAGCCCAUGCAACCGACCUGAUUCAGUGGGCUCUGAGGAGGAAGGAGAUCAUGCCAAUGAAAACGAAGGAAAGGUAACAAAGUUUUCUGACUGGAUCCGUCUGAAACCAAUGGAGAAGUGGUCACUGGUGCAUGACACAAAGGGAGCUAGGUACGGCAUCAUGGGCGCUGAUAUAUCAAAUAUAUACAAGAAUGACCCUGUAUUGAAAGGGAUAACAUGCCUUCCGCUCAGUGCGAUAGUGGAGGUGACAUUUCUGCGCUUGGUAGAGCACUUCAAAAACACAAGUGCUACAGCAAAUGAAGCAAUUGGCAACCCAUCAAUGAACUUCCCUGAACGGGUCCACUGAAAGACUCUACUGAGACAAAAAGAUGGGCUGUCAAAAAGGUAGAGGAGGUAGGAUGGGCAGUUGGUCAGAUCUAGUAUGGAUCGUACAUGGACGAUAGUUGGAGUCGGCGGCUCUCCUAGGCUUCCCUCAUCUGGGAUCCCUGGGGAAGAGGAUCAAGUUGGCCCUUCAGAAAAAGGAAAGGACUGUUUUGUUCCUAGCCCCUGGGGCGUAGAUAGAAUUAGAUAAAAUAAAAUAAAUAGAUUUGAAAGUCCUAAAUUAGACCAAAGGAAUUCCGUCUGCUAGAAUAAGAAAAAGCGCUUCCGAAUUGAUCUCAACGACCCAUAUAACAAGCUACACCAAGUAAGAAGUGUAGAACAAUUAGCUCAUAAGGACCACCAUUGUAUAACCACUCAUCAACAGAUGCAGCUUCCCAAAUUGGGUAAAAGUGCAAUCCGAUCGCCAUUCCAGAUAGACUGAGCAAAAAAAGGGUUUCAUUUGGAUUCCCCUAUUUUGAAAAUCGCAUAUUAAUUUCCUUAUGCUGACCCAUACCACAUAGUUCCAGCAACUACGAAAGCUGCAAAAAAAAACAGCAGCGAUACUACUGGAAAGUACAGUUUCAAUAUUGCCCAUACGUAAUCCUUUAUAUAGACGUUGAGGCGGACGGACACUAAAUAUCCAUAAAGGAGCCGAAUGAAAUCAAAAUUUCAUGUUCGGUUUUGAAUUAGAGACGUUAAAAAUAAUCAACCAACGUCGACUAUAACCCCUAGCCUUCCAAGCUAACGAUGCGGGUUCGAUUCCCGCUACCCGCUCCAU